AUGGCUGCCUCAAGUAGUGAGAUUGAAGACUUUCUGAGUGGACCAUUAGUUUCAUGGUUGAAAUCAUGCCUAGCCAACCCUGGGAGUAUUGGGGACUAUGCUUCCCUUUUCAAUGGAGAUAUUCUGCAUCAAAUUUACUUACAAAUAGAUCCAGAACCCUCUUUUCACAUCACAAAGCUAGCAGGAUUAGAAGAUCAAGCUUUAAUACUAGGAAAAAUUAAAAACUUUGAUGCAAUAGUAAAGAAUGUGAAGAAUUUGUAUGAUGAUGAGUUAGGUAUGACUUUAUUGGUUGUGCCAGAAUGUAUUUGCUUGGGAAAAUCACCAGAGUCUAGAGAUGGCUUAGAAAAUAUGAAACUUUUGAUUUUAUUGCUACUGGGUGCUGCUGUUCAAUGUCCCAACAAAGAAAUUUUCAUAACAAGGAUUAAAGAGCUAGAUGUAGAUCUACAACAUAAUAUUGUGGAAUGUAUUAAGCAGGUUACAGAUAUGCAAACAGUAGUAUUGACUCCAGAUGCUAUUGAUCUGUUUCAAUCUCCAACAAUGUUUAAUCAUAUGAGACGUCUGGCAAAAGAACGAGAUCAUUACAUGCAAAAUUGGGCAUCUUUAGUUCUUAAUGAGGGCUUAUGUGAUAAUGAAACUGAUAAUAAAAACUGCAAAAACAGAUCUUCACAAAAUGUUAACCAAUCAAAUGGAGAGAGUCAACAUCUGGCUGUUGAAUUAGCUGAUUGGAAGGCAAGAUUAAGAAAGCAAAGAGCAGAGUUAGAAGAAAAAUCUGAACACCUAUCAGAAUGUAGAGAAGAACUUGAACAUACAAAACUGGUGCUUGGAAAAUUGCGAGCAGACAGUCAAGAAUGGUUUAAUGAAGCUAGAAAAGCUGCAGGUUACAGAGAUGAAGUUGAUGCCCUAAGAGAAAAGGCAGAAAGGUGUGAUCGACUAGAGCAAGAAAUUCAAAGAUACAGGGAUAGGUUAGCUGAUGCAGAAUAUUAUAAAACCCGAGUAGCUGAAUUAAGAGAAGAUAAUAAAGCAUUGAUGGAAACAAGGGAUGCUUUAGAAGAACAACUACAAAGAGCCCGUAAAAGAGCAGAACAAUGUUUAUCUUUGGAAGCAGCAAUGAUCAAACUUAAAAGAGAAGCAAAUGAUAUUGCCUUGGAGAGAGAUGCAGAUCAACAAAAAAUACAAGAAUUAAUUGAAGAGAACAACCACUUGCAAUAUAUUACAAGAUCUGUUCUAAAUGAAACUAACAACAGUAUCUUAGAUACUGAUAAUGAAGGUGAGACGCUAGAAUCAGGAGAAAAUAGUUUAUCUGAGCAAUUUUCAAGUAAUGCUCAAGCAAGAGCUUUGAAAUUGGAAUUAGAAAAUAAGCGUCUCCUUUCUACAAUAGACAACUUGAGAGAACAGUCAUUAUUAGAAAGCAGUGAUAAAAUAUUAGAUCUUGAAAAAGAAAAGAAAAGGCUAGCUUUAAAAUGUGAGCAGUUGCAAGAAAAUUGUAACAGGCUAAAACAGCAAAAUGCUGAGUUAGAAGAUGUUUUUAAAAAUGCUUUAGAAGAAAACAGAAAGCUGCAAGAUUCAUUGGAUAAACAAAAAGCAUUUAUUGAUCGGCAAGCAAUUGAUAGAGAAUCAGAAAAAAAUAAACUACAAGAAUUUGAAAAACAUUUAGAAUCACUAACUAAAGAUAAACAAAGAAUACAAAUGUUAUGUGAUUCUAUUCAAAGAAGAGCUGAUGAGUUAGAAAAAACUGUAGAUGCUAGAACUAAAGAACUUAAUAUUGUCAAACCAGAAGCAGAUAAAGUAACAAGAUUUAUCAUACAGACUGAAGAACUCAAAACCAAGCUGACUUAUAGUGAAAAAGAAACACAUAACUUACAAAGGGAAGUAAUUAAAUUACGCGAAGCAGUAGAAGAAAAAGACGUUAAGUUAGAUACUACCACAACUGAUAUUGAACUAAAAAAUAGGGAAAUCGAAAGACUGACUCGCCAAUUAGAAAAUUAUCACACUAUUAGCUGUAGACUGCAAGACUUAGAACAAAAGACACAAGAAUUAAAGUCACAAAAGAAAGUUGACACAGAAACAAUACAGACACUACAGAAAGAUCUUAUAUCAGAAAAAGUUAAUUUUGAUAAAAUAAGAAACUAUUUGGAAAAGCUGGGUGUAAAUGCGUCUGACAUAAUAUCUCAAGAUUUAUGUUUGGAAGAUUUACUAGAAAAAAUUAUUUUCAAUACUGAAAAUGAAUCAUUAAUAUCAGAAAUAGCUGCAAAGGCAAGCCUAACUAAAAUAGUUCCUUGUGAAUGUAACCAUAAAAUGAAAGAUGAUGAAACUAUUAUCAAUCCUCAACUUGAGCAGCUCACAUCAGAUAUAUUAGCUUUGCAAGCAGCUUUAGAAAAUAGUAAGGCUGAAAAUGCCAAACUCCAAGUAAAUAUCUCUACGUUAAGUUCUCAAAAUGGUUCCUUAACAUCACAGCAAAUGACAUUACAACUUGCAAACAGUCAACUAGCUGCGGAAAAGGAUGAGAUUUCUAAACAACUAGAAGUUCUCAAAGAUAAACAAGAUAAUCUUUUACGAGACCAAGUCGCUCUUCAAACUAUCCAUGAACAAUUAAAUAUGGAAUAUGAAAUUCUGCUAAGUGAAAAAGAACCUGUAAAGGUUGCUAUUAAAGAUUUAAAAAUAGAAAAUAGAGAUCUUAAAGAAAAACUUGCUGUCUAUGAGAAAAAAAUUACAGACUUCGAAUUAGAAAAGGAAAACUUUAAAGUAGAAUCAAGAAACCUUUUAAAUCUAAGAGCAGAACAUUCGAAAUUAAAGGAAGAUUUUAGAAAUCUCUUUACAGCUAGUGACAGAUUAAAAAAUGAAUACCGACAUAUGCAGGAAGAAUAUCGAAACCUACGUAGUGAGGUAUCACAAUUAAAGCUUAAACAUACUGAAAUGUCAGGGGAAUUAAACACAAAAUCAGAGGUAAUAACAAGUAUGGAAUUAGAAAUUAGUAAAACAAAUCAGCAUUGUGAAAUGCUCAUUCAAAUGAACAAAAGUUUAGAUGCUGACAGACGCUCCCUAAUGGAUCAUGUGUCACAGCUACUAACUCAGUAUCAUGAGCUAUUGGCACAUUCUUUAAAAGAUAAACAACAUUAUCAUGAAGAAGAAAAAAUGUUUGCCGACAAAGUUAAUGCUUUAUGUCGACAAAAAGAAAAAUUAGAGGAAAAAAUUAUGGAACAUUACAAAAAACUUGAUAAUUGUACCCCAAAACGACGUGGCUUUGGAGCAUCUUUUGUGAAAAAAGUUCGAAAGGCAGGAACAGAUUUAAUUAACAAGGUACCAUCAAGAAACAACAAAAGAAUAGAAGACGCUAAUCGAUCCAAAUCACAAUUGACAUUAGCGGGAUCAGAAUCUGGAGAAUCAGAUCCAGGACAAGAAUUAGAGAAAAUAUCCAAAACUUCUGAUCCUGAUCAAGCUUCCUCUUCUCAGAGUGUGGAAUCUCCUAGGCAUAGCAUUGAAUCCAGUUUUAAUAGAAGAUUAGAAGAAACUUUUUCUAGAAAGUCAGAAAGUGUUGAUAUGUCCGCGUCAUUCCACAGCUUAGAGCCAACAAGAUUGGGAAACGAAAGUAAUUUUGUUAGAAGGCUUUCUGCUGCAUCAAUACAUAGUGGUGGUGGAGAUGAUGCUUUAAUAAGAGCAUCGUUACGACGGAGACCACACAAAAUUCCAUCUUCACAUCGAAACAGCUUCCAAGGUUUAGAGGGCGAUACAGGAUUACCAGCAGUCUCAACCCCUUCACCAGUUUUUGGCGCCGCAGGUACUCGACGAACCGUAUAUUUAGCUGACGAUAAUCCAGAUGUCAAUCUUAACUCAAAACCUCAAAGCACACCAAUAAAAGAUAAUCCAACAUACUUGGUGUAUAAUAGAAUAUCUACUGUAAUUGGUGAUGGAGCAUGUCAAAGCAAUCAUGACAAGCCUGGUGACCAUCAAUCAUCAAAUGACCAAUCUCAGGCAGACGAUGUUAACAAUGAUUUGAAAUAUCAGGACAGGCGGAAUAUAAGUAAAAAUGAAAAACAAGAAAAUUCAAAGGAAACUGCCAUAUGGUAUGAGUAUGGUUGUGUAUAA